AUCGCCUCCAGCCCCGAGAGCAUGAGUUUCGCCACAUUGACACUGGUCACAGACCCGUAUGUGCACGCACAGGACUACCAGCAAAACUACACGGCUGUCAUUAAACUACCUGAUAUGGAAUGCGACCAUCCGGGCUCGUUACGCACCCACAAACCCGGGGAGUCCCCAUUCCUACAGUGCGCUGACAUUAAAAUCUCCAAAGGAGCGAAGAAAUCAGAGGCUCUGAAAUAUCUGUCCGCCGAAAGCAAGACUGACCAGCAGAAACUUGUACCUUUGAAGAGAGCGUUGAAACUGAAGAAAUACUACGAACAAAAGUAUCUAAAUCUAAAUCUCCAAUCUAAAAAUGGAUGACACAAAAAUGUACGGUUUUGCAUACUAUCCGUUCCAGCCCCAUCGAAGUGAUAUAUCUCGGUCUCCGUGGUAACUGGUGCUACUCAGAUGCUGAACAGCUUUGCCUUCGGUAUUGAUGACCCAUCUGAUAACCAAAAAAGUACGUUCAUGCUGGAUGAAGUGGUUGCCAUUGACAACGGUCGAAACACGACGACAAUUUUGGUCCACGACUCUGGGCCACGCGAGUCGGCUGCUAAAACCGUCUACAUCAUCGGUUUACAGAAUGGGUCCCUUGUAAAGUCUUCGGGCAUAUUUAUGUCCGAUGGGGUCCCUAUAAACGGGCUGUCGUGGUACACCGACGAGACGUAUGCUGCGUUCAGAAUUGUGUCAAAUAAUAAUGGUGCAUCAAGUGGAAAUGACUUUUUCUUCGAGGUCGGGACGCUAGGCACGGACGGCUCGUACACAAAGCGCGCCAGCAUUCCAAACGCCGAAGAUCUGUACGUGAACUUCCAAUGGCUGGAGACGGACAUGAACGAGCACGUGCACGUGUUUGCUCUGAUGGGCAACGAGAACGAGGCCAAUAAACCGAGUGCCCGGAUCUACGCGUUUGACCUGUUUUACGGAGGCCAUGUACGCCUUCUCCCCUGGCCUGUGGGCGGACGCCGGUCACGACAUGUGGGCGUGGUCACUGGUUCUCGUAGAGCCCUUGACUGGAACGGUCACCAAGCAGUGCGACAUUGCUCCCAGAGGCAUAUUCCAGCGCUACUACGGCGGCUCGGUGUUCCAGGGCUCCAGUAAUCCGGACGGUUUCUCUACCACGUGCUGCUCGUCAUGUACAGUGAGGCGGACUUUAUAGUGGGCGUUAACCCCGACACUUGCGAGGUGCGCUUCUCCGAGGUGACCAACCUGCGACACGUGCACUCGUUGCAGCUGGUGAAUCCAGCCCCAGCCCCAUCAAGACGAACUUGUAACAACAGAGAGAAUUGACAGUUUUAUCUACAUGCGUUUUAAAUUACCGCUUAUCAUAUGUCGAAGAUUAUUAUAUGGGGUGGUUGUCCUUUCUUAUCGCAAAAUUAUUCUUUACCGAAACCUUCAAUCUAACAGUAAAUUUAUCUUUGAAAAGAAUCGAGCUAUCUUCAAAAAUUGUUAGUUUCUUUUUUUAAAUAAAAAUCCCAGUACAUUCGUCGCCUCUAAAAACUGGUCGGAACAUUAAUCGUUUUACUAAUGUUUACCCACUUCCUUUUGUUAGUCGUGAUUAAGUUUUAUACCACAACCCUGAACAAUCCUUAUUCACAACAUGUUAUUUAACAUUAUUCACAUUUAUUUAUGCAUCACAUCUUUAUGUGUUAACAUUAGGUAUGAGAUUUGUCUUA